AUGGAGUUCCCCGACCAGCCAUCUCCAUCGCCCCCGGAUUCCCCAAUCGCGGACCGGCCACCAUCACCUGAACUUCCACUUACUAUGACUGCGUCUGCCGUGCUCACAGCAUUACCUCGCGAUGCUAGUUCAGCACUUGCUAGCGCAGGCGAGUUCGAUCAAGAAAAGAUCCUCGUUCGCUUUAGAGCUGUUGGAUCUACUCCACAGUUGAAGCGCGAGGUCCGACAAAUAAGCGCAACACAAAAAUUCGAGGCCGUUGUAUCUCACCUGCGCAAGGCUCUACGGCUUAAUUCUACCGAUGGUCUUUUCCUCUAUGUAAACAGUUCAUUCGCCCCCGCGCUUGACGAGAUCGUCGGCAACUUGCAUAGAUGUUUUAAAGAUUCGAAUGAUCAAUUAAUCGUGGUUUAUUCAAUCACACCCGCAUUUGGAUGA